AUGGCGAGUGCUGCAUUGAUCGACACCAUUCAACGGGCACCACAUACCUUCCUGCAACCCUCACCAGACACGCCAGCGAAUGCGAUAUCAUUCACAAAAUCCAUUCUCGAUACCUUGGCCGAAGACGUAGUGCGGACCCAGGCACAGCGGAGAGAUGAGAACAGGCGGAAACGAAAGCGUGGCGCCGAUGAGCCCGUGGGCGAAGUCCUGCAGCUGCGAUCACUAUACACCAAUAACUUGGCCGUAAAGCAGGUAUGGGAGCAGGCACGCCGCAUCUUGGAUGCUGCAUGCUCAGAAGUCGAGGCGUAUCUCCCGGAGCAGCCGCAAGAGCAUGCAGGUCCUGACAGCGCCGAUGAAGACGCCUCUGAUAUCUACGAAAAUGCUGAGGUGCUGGGCGAGGAGGACGCCAUCGAGAGUGGCGCCGACAUAACAGAUGACGAAGAGAUGGGCUCAGACAUCGAUGACGAGGAGAUUGGCCUUGAGAAUGGCAUCGAAGAAGAAGAGGACAUCGAGAUGUCAGAUGCCGAAGAAGAUGCGCUCAACGGAGACCUCUCCGAUGACGUGAAUGAGCAAUCAGAAGUCUACGCCCCAGACAAGCACGGUCUGAACGACGGCUUCUUCUCGAUAGAUGACUUUAAUCGGCAGUCUCAAUUUCUGGAGCAGAUGGACGCACGAGGCGAAGACGACAACCCCAGUGACGAGGACGAUGUUGAUUGGGAUGCCGACCCACUGCUUCAGCAGCCUACAGCUAUGGGGCCGCAUAAAAGAAAGGACGACGACGAGUCAGAUCCAGAAAGUGAUGAUGGCGACGAAGAAGACGGCCCUACCUUUGGUAACGCCGAUCUUAAUGCUCCCGACACAGACGAAGAGGAGGACGAAGACAUCGACGAAGCAGACCUCGACAACGCCAUGCCGGGACUAACAAACACCAACGAAAUCAACUACGCCGAUUUCUUCGAGCCACCACCCAAAAAGCUGUCCAAAACAAAGAGAAUGCGAGCCUUGCCAAAGACCCAGCCCCAAGACAAUCCAUCCAGACCACAAGCCGGCGACGACGACAUCGAAGCAGAAAUGCAGCGCGCCAUGGCAGACGUGAACCGCGAUAUCUUCGCCAGCGAGUCCGAAAACGAGUCCGCCAACGACUCGGACGCCGCAUCAGACACCAACACCCGCAACAUGUCCACCCACGAAAAGCAACGCGCCAAAAUCGCUUCCGAGAUCCGCCACCUGGAAGCUGCCUCCGUCGCAAAACGCGACUGGGCCCUAUCCGGCGAAGCCAGCUCCGCCUCCCGGCCCCUCAACUCCCUGAUCGAGGAAGACCUCGUCUUCGAGCGCGUUGGCAAACCCGUCCCCGUCGUCACUGCCGAAACCUCCGAAGAGAUUGAGACCCUCAUCAAGCGCCGCAUCCUAGCCCGCGAAUUCGACGAAGUCGUCCGUCGACACCCUGACUCCAUUGGCGGUGCCUCCGAGACCAGGCGAGGAAGGAUCGAGUUGGACGAUAGUAAAGCCCAGACCGGUCUCGCGGACGUCUACGCGCAAGAGCACUUGAAGGCGACGGAUCCCAACUACGUCGACACGCGCAGCAAGCAGACUAAGAAAGCACACGCGGAGAUCGAGAAGCUGUGGAGGGAAGUCUCCAACCAGCUCGACCUGCUGAGUAACCUGCACUUCAAGCCCAAGCGGGCAGAAGCGGAGGUCACAGUGAUCGAAGACAAGCCACGAAUAGCAAUGGAGGACGCCCGACCGGAUGGCGGUGAGGGAACGUUGGGCGAGGAGACGACGUUGGCGCCGCAGGAGGUGUACAAGGCCGGCGACAGAAAGGUCAAGGGAGAAGUCAUGCGAGCGGGUGGUGCGGCAGUGAGUAAAGAGGAGAUGAGUAGGGAGGAGAGGCGGCGGAAGAGGAGAAGGGAGAAGGAGAGGGGAAGGAAAGGGAGGAUUGGGCAGGGGGUCGAGCCUGUCAAGAAGGUGGUGGACGAGGAGGCAAGGGGCGGGAAAGCGAAGAAGCUGGGCAAGAAGAAGAAAGAGGAGAAGCAGGGGAUUCUAGAAGACUUGAAGAGGGGCAACGUGCAGGUGGUUGGUAAGAAAGGGGAGUUGCAGGAUUUGAGUGGGAAGAAAGGCCGAAGCGAGGUCACGUCUUCCGCUCUGAAGCUGUGA